CUCGACGGAAACGGUUGACAUCGUCGCGAGCUCUCGAAUCCCCGCGGAUCUCGAAACGUGUCGCGGUAUUUACGACAGAAGCGCGUCCAGCGUGCGUGAAAGUGACGUGUCCCAGACAGACCGUAGUCCAAAGCAAAGAAGAAGAGUAAAAACGUAAAGAAGUAGUUGCAGAUAGACAACAAACAGCGCAUCGUCGUUCCUGUGGUGCUCGUGAUCGUCUAAGGGCCGGGAAUCCGGGACCUGGGGGGCGUUUCUGCGAUAACGGUGGUGGCCCUCCGCGAGUCGCUUUGUGUAGUGAAUAGUCGAGUGUGUACUUUACACCACCCCUCCCUAGUCUCCCACAAAUCAUUCUCUCCUACUGACCCGUCUCUGGCACGUGCCAGAAAGCCUCUUCCGAGCUUCCAAGUCAGCGAUCGUAGCAACCGUCGUUGUCCUUUACUACUACGCAAGGUGUGUUGGCCCCGUGUGAGGUCGUAUAGAUGUGUUUGUUUGUUGCGAAAUACGAUUAGCUUCGCUGCCAGACUGCCCACCGGAGCGGGGUCUCAGGCCAGCAGCAGCAGCAGCAGUGUCGCUAAGAUGGAUCGAGCCAUAAACGGUGCGAGUUCAUGAGUGUGUGCCGCGAAAAUGUUUACUGUAUAACCGUGCGAAUCGUGCGAAUUACCCGCAUUCCGUGAUGCCUCGGUAUUCUCCAGAGUGUAUUGUGAACGAUAGUGGUGGUUCUGCUACUCAGUGUUGGCCAGUGAUCGUGUAUUAACAACAACCCCCAAAUAACAACAGCAACCUAACCUCAUCACCGCCAGCGCCAUGUCGGUCAUCGGCGUGAUCGAUUUAAGGCACGUGGUCCUGCUGCUGCUGCUGCUGCUUCUAGCCUUUGGUGGAGGCUUUCCCGGUCUGGAUGCAUCCGUUAGUGUGCCGGGACGGAAUAAAACCAGUGGCACUGUUCCGCAGAACUGCGAUCACCGUUCGGUGGUUAUCGACGACUACGAUGGCACGUCGAUGGAUACCGAAGGGCACGGAAAGUUUAUCAAGUUUGCCAUCCUGUUGCCAGAGAAACCGAGCAAAGCGCGUGACGUACGUAUCCUAUCGACCGUGCUUCCGGUAAUCGAGAUGGCCACGAAGGUGGUCACCGAUCCCGGGGGACUGCUGGCCGGCUUUCGCAUCGAGAUUGACCACCGGGACACGCAGUGUUCAUCUACAUUCGGAGCCCUCGGAGCAUUCGAUAUGUUUCUGAAACGAAAACCAGACAUUUUCUUCGGACCAAUAUGUGAUUAUGUUAUCGCUCCAAUCGCAAGAUAUGGAGCCGUGUGGGGUAUACCACUCAUCACGAGCGGCGGUCUGACCGAAGCGUUUUCCCUCAAGCAGCACGGAUACAGCACCCUAACCCGACUUAUGGGGAACUAUCACGAGUUCGGUGCCAUGAUGCGCGACAUCCAUCGACACUAUCAGUGGACCGCUGGAAGUGCCGCGUAUCUGUAUCAUGAGUGGGACGAGAAGUUGGGACGAGGAUUUACCGACUGUUCGAUGGCGAUCAAUUCGAUCAACCGGGCGAUCGGUGGCAACCAAACGACGUCCGACACAUUCGAUGAGGAGACGGCCAAGUAUGCGGAUUACCUUCGAUUGCUGCGGCGCAUCGAGAAGCGGGCAAGAAUUGUCAUCAUGUGCGCCAGCCCGGCGACGAUCCGUGAAAUCAUGCUGGCGGCCGCCGAACUCAACAUGGUCAACAGUGGCGAGUACGUUUUCUUCAACAUCGAGAUAUUCGGCAGCAUGGCAGCGACAAAGAACCCACCAUGGUACUCGAGGAACGAUACGGACGAGCGAAAUCUAAAGGCAAAGGAAGCCUACACCGCGCUGCUACAGGUGGUCGCACGGGAACCGGAGGACGAAGAGUAUCAGCAGUUCUCCAAUGAGGUGAAGAUGCUGACCAAGGAGAAGUACAACUACACCUACGCGGACGAUGAGCCCGUGUCCACUUUUGUGACCGCAUUCUACGAUGCGGUGCUGCUGUACGCCUACGCUCUCAAUGAUAGUAUCGCGAUGCUCGGCGAGGAGCAAGCCCUACAGCAACCCAUCAACGGGACGCAUCUCGCACAGCUGAUGUGGGGCCGCAGUUUCAAGGGCAUCACUGGCAAUGUGACGAUCGAUUCCAAUGGUGAUCGAAUAUCCAACUACUCGCUGCUCGAUCUCAACCCAACCACUGGACUGUUUGAGGUCGUUGCCAACUACUACUAUGGUGGAGGUCUGCAGUUUGUGGAGGGUAAACCCAUCCACUGGGCUGGUGAUCGUAUGACAGCUCCACCGGAUCGACCAACCUGCGGAUUCGAUGGCUCACUGUGUCCAGACAACUCUCUACCCGGAUACGCCAUUCUAUCGCUUGUUCUUGGCCUAUGCGUCAUUUGUAUGGGAAUUGCGUUUAUUAUUGGCUAUCGACACUAUAAGCUGGAGUCAGAGAUCAAUUCGAUGACCUGGAAGGUGAAUCCCAACGAUGUGCUAUCGUGCAAUCCGAGCCGAGUGCACCGAGGUAGCCUGCAUUCGAUCGUGAAGAGAGGCAGCCAAGCGACGAUCUACUCCGAGGAUCUCAACUCGCUGCCGGGCGAUCGGCAGAUUUACAUACACUUUGGCUUCUACAAAGGAUGUAAGGUGGCGAUCAAGAAGAUCAACGUGCACAACAUUAGCCUCAAUCGCUCGCUGAUGCUGGAAUUUAAGCGCAUGAAGGACAUUCAGCAUGAUCAUCUCGUGAGGUUCUACGGUGCCUGUCUCGAUCCGCAUCCGGAACCAUUCAUCCUGACCGAGUACUGCCCCAAAGGCUCACUGCAGGAUAUCCUCGAGAACGAGACGAUCAAGCUGGACUGGAUGUUCAAGAUCUCGCUAAUGCACGAUAUCGUCAAGGGUAUGGCGUUCCUGCAUUCAACAGAUUUGCACUCGCACGGUGCCCUCAAAUCAUCCAACUGUGUAGUGGACUCGAGGUUUGUGCUCAAGGUCACGGACUUUGGCCUCCAUCAGCUGCGCCGCAACUGUGAAGAAUCGGACAUUGAGAGCUAUGCCUACUGGAAGAAGCUUCUAUGGACUGCACCGGAAUUGCUUCGGGAUCCCCACUAUUCGAUGUCGGGUAGCCAGAAGGGGGACGUCUACUCAUUCGGCAUCAUCAUCCAGGAGAUCGUUUCCCGGCAAGGUCCGUUCUACCUAGGAACUGAGGAGAAAUCUCCCAAAGAAAUUAUCAAACUAGUCAAAGAAGGCCCCGGCCUGCUGGGUGUUCCUUUCCGCCCAAGAGUAGACGAGUCGUCAUACGAAGACGUCAACAACAUUAUGAUAAAGUGUUGGUCCGAGGAUCCCACGGAACGGCCCGACUUUGGGGCGCUUAAAACUAUCAUCAGGAAAAUUAACAAAGAAAAUGAAUCUGGUAACAUAUUAGAUAAUUUAUUACAACGCAUGGAGCAGUACGCGAACAAUCUGGAGGCGCUCGUCGACGAGCGAACGCGGGAUUACUUCGAGGAAAAGCGCAAAUGUGAGGAGCUGUUGUACCAGCUGUUGCCCAAAUCCGUGGCGGCGCAGCUGAUAAUGGGCAAAUCUGUGAUAGCGGAAACAUAUGAUCAAGUAACUAUUUAUUUUAGCGAUAUUGUCGGCUUCACCGCGAUUUCGGCUCAAAGCACCCCGAUGCAGGUGGUCGAUCUGCUGAACGAUCUCUACACCUGCUUCGACUCGAUCGUUGAGAACUUUGAUGUCUACAAGGUUGAAACGAUCGGCGACGCGUAUAUGGUUGUAUCCGGGCUGCCGGUACGGAACGGAAAUCUACACGCCCGGGAGAUCUCGCGGAUGGCAUUGCGUCUGCUGGCGGCGGUCCACAAGUUCACCAUCCGCCAUCGGCCCAACGAGCAACUUCGGUUACGGAUAGGACUGCACAGUGGACCUUGCGUGGCAGGUGUUGUCGGAUUGAAGAUGCCCCGGUAUUGUCUCUUUGGCGACACUGUUAACACCGCUAGCCGCAUGGAAUCUAAUGGAGAAGCGCUUAAGAUCCAUGUGAGCCAAACCACCAAAACGCUGCUCGAUUGUUUCGGGACAUUCGAUCUGACGGAACGUGGCCUCGUGCCGAUGAAAGGCAAGGGUGAGAUGCUCACCUACUGGCUGAACGGCGAACGAUCGGAAGUUGCCCCGCUCGCCCUGCCCAAUGGACUGAAAGCUCUUCCAUCAAUCGCUGGAAGGCCACCAUCAGCACCGAAUGCGGGGCACUCACCCCCUCAAGCAACACCCAUCGCUCAAAUUCCUGCGUUGAAUGGAGGCGCCCCAACCGGCAUUCUCACGAAUGGCAACCAUCACAACAACAAUAACAACAACAAUAAUAAUAAUAACAACACGAUUUGCAGUUUAAACAACAACGGGAGCAGUAACCAUCAUCGUUCACCCAACAGUUGCCAUACCACGCACCACGUGGCCGUCAAUAUUGCGCCAACGGCCAAAAAGCUAAACAGCGUUUCAUACAACUUCACUAUGGCGCCACCGAAUCCGGCGACAGUUCCAAACGUGCCGCCGAAAGUUUCCGGUUGCUUGGUGAAGAGCAAGGGGCUACUCUCGACCAUCGGUGGUGCGGAAGCUGCGGGAAGCGCCUCGGAUGGCGGUGUUGGCAGUUCGGGCGAGUUGGAACUGCUUCAUACCGGUUCCGGUAGCGCUGGAGGAAGCGUAACACAACCACUACUAACAUCGUAGAGCUCUCCGGGAUUGAAGAAUGGGUGGAAUGGGAACUUGACUGAGACCGAGCGUCGCCCCUUUCUCGUAAGGAUAUUAAUUGUGCCAUCAUUUCCGGUGGUCAUUCUAUCGUCCUGCCACCACCAUGUAAAUAGUACGGAGCGAGAGGGUAACAUUUGACGCCUGGCAUAAAACACAUCCAAGGGACGCUAUAAUUGCUUUCGCACAUCCCCAGGAAGAUGUAUGGCAUCACCAUUCACGCAUUCUGUCACGCAGUUUUAUCGCAAUUAUCACGAUUCAUUUGCUGACCGAUUGAAUGCAGCAACAGCUACUAUGAUCCAAGCAUAAUCGCAGUAGAAUGGGUAACGACUGGAGAUAUCCGGUUGCGAAUGGAUACCCAGCACGUAACCAUAGUAAUUAAAAUAGUGAUUAGAUGUCAUUUUCACAGAGCCGCUGCUGUAAGUUGCGUCUCAGUCAUUUUGUAUGAUAUAGCAUUAGGAGUAGCCGAUAAAUAGUGUGAUGGGCGGGCAGUUACCCGAAAAAACGUACUUAACUGUUGAGGAAAGCAUAAGCCAGUCUGGCAAACUAUUUAGUGAUUCGAAUCUGCGAAGCCGAUAGACGAGCGGACGCCGCAGUAGUAAGGAACUAACGAUCCGGUGGAUCAUCGCUGUACUACCCAAAAUGCUCACAAAUGCUGUAGUAGAAAUGGCGAGCGUAGGACCCUCCUUCCCUUCAUCGCCUAUUUGUACAAAAAAGGCAUAUGGAUAGUCGAAGAGAGUGACACACCUCUUAGCGACUCUAAUUAACGAUAAGAAGCUAACCCAUGUAAAUCGAUGUUAGGCGCAUUAAGCUUAGUAGAACCACAGCAGAUCAAACAGGAGCAUAAACGGCCACGAGGACUGCUCAUCUUGUGUGACCGUGAGGCAAAACGUGUGUACGUGUGAGCAUGUGUGUAUGUGUGCGUCUAGUAUGUGUGUAUGUAGUGUGUAGGUUUUUAAUGUAGAAGAAUAAAAAACAUGUUACGAUGUGACCAAAUCAAGCAAGGACGCCCACUUGAGGAAAUGAGGGAAGACGAAGAACAGCUCCUUCUGUACGGAGAAAUUUUGCUGGGCGGUUGUGAUGCCCAUUACUACUGAACAAAUCAAAACGGAUCAAACGGUUGUGUGUUUGUGUAUGGAUGUAUGCGUGCGUUUAAAAAGUAAAGAAAGUGAGUCGCAAACAGAGAUUCAAUAAACUAGAGGCACCAUCAUAUCACCAUUCCCCACGAGUGUGGUUUGUGUGUGUGUGUGCAU